GUGUUUGUGUGUGUGUGUGUGUGUGUGUGUGUGUGUGUGUUCAUUCAGAGCGGUCAUCAGAGGAGGAAACAACAGAAACCAAAGAGAAGGAUCUGACCAGCAGCAGGUCAUGUCGGUGUCUCAGAUCACUCCCACCCUGUUCCUCAGUGGGGCCGACGCCCCCCUCAACGCUGCGCUGAUGUCACAGAAGGGCAUCACGCUGAUCGUCAACGCCACACUCAGCCACACCUGCCCCGCCUACCCAGGGGUGGAGUGUGUGCGUGUUCCUGUCUCCGACCUGCCCAGCGCUCGCCUCGGAGACCACUUUGACCGUGUGGCUGAGCGUAUCCAUGGUAACCGUGCAGGAGGCACUCUGGUGCACUGUGUCGUUGGUAUGAGUCGCUCGCCGGCUUUGGUGAUGGCGUACCUGAUGCGGUACAGAGGGGUGACCCUCUGCCAGGCCCACCGCUGGGUCCAGGACAGCCGGCCCUUCGUCAGACUGAACGCCGGCUUCUGGGAGCAGCUACUGCAGUAUGAGAGGAGGCUGUAUGGGAAGAACAGCGUCAGGGUGGCCGCAGUCCAAGAGACGCCACCGCCACCACUGACGCCGAGGACGCAGAGGACGGUGCAGACGAACUGGCUGUCGCUGGUCCCCAGGUCACCUCAGAUGACCCGGAUGGCAAUGACGCCAGCAAACAAGAGAAGAAGAGGAACGAAAAGCAGCAGCAUCAAAGUCUGAGCGCCGAGUGACCGCCAACACGUCUGAACGCCAAACACACACAUUACCCACAAUGUAACUGACCCCCAGACAGGUUGUGGAGGUCAGAGCGCUGACCACCUGCGACCAAACUCACUUUACACCUCAGCUCUCUGAAGGUCACGCCAUCAUGAGGCGUGUAACCGACCGACAACUUUAAGGUGGCGAUCACACCGAGAUGAAACGCUAGAAACACGACGCCAGUAAAACCAUUGUUUUCUUAUGAUACAGCGCGUCUGACCGGCAUUCAAGCGUCUUUUUAGACGGCCAUUUUUGUAGACGCUUCUUUUUAGACACGCGUAGAUGCUCAAAAAGUUGAAAUACUUUCAACUUUUUGAGCGUCAGACGCCAGUAGCUAGCGCGCAUUGAAUAAGCGCUUCCAGUGUUUCAAGCGUCUUUGAAGCGUCCGCGUUUCUUUCGUCUCAUUUCUGUGUGAUCGCCCCCGAACUGAACCUCCUCUGAACGUCUCCUCCCCAGCAGUGAUGUCAUGCUGAUGACAUCACUUAUCCUGUCACAGGGGGGUGGAGCCUAUCCCAGCUGACACUGUGUGAGGGGCGGGGUUCACCCUGGACAGGUCACCAGACUAUCACAGGGCUGACACAUAGAGACAGACAACCAUUCACACUCACAUUCA